AUGCAGUGGAAGAUUGCCGACCGAUGGUCAAUUGCUGCUGCUGUGGCGGUCGUGGCUGCUGCGAAUGUGGCGGCUGCUGCAUUAUUCUUCUUGACUCGGUUGUUGAUUCGUCCACCACAAUGUACUGUCCUGUUCGACGUCUGUGUCUUCCGCUGCAUCUUUGUCGUUCUUUCGGCGGUUUCAUGGCUCUGCCGUGAUGUAGGCUUUUCGAAGCUCACAGCUGAGCGAGAUGGGAGCCGAACGGAGGCCAUUGUUUGGGGUGUGUAUUUGAGGACGAGGUUGUUGAGGCGAGCAAGGAGCAGCCGCCUAACAGCAUGUCUGCCGAUCUUGGCUCAUGUGGUGUACUUGGAGCAGCCGUUCAACAGCGUGUCUGUAGAUCUGAGUCACUUGCCACCUAACGAUGGAGUUGCACUUUGUCGUGUGCAUGUUCUUAUGCCGGUGUUGGGGCUUCAUACUAAGCUGACUCCAAAUAUUGACAAGCAGGCAGAGUUCUGUGCAAUAUCCAAAGGACGUGUCUUUCCGCUGAGCCCAGCGCCCGGUUAA